AUGAAAGAAUCAGCAAGUGCAGAAAUGCAAGGAGAAGCAAAUGCUUUGAUAAUAAAUGGGAAUGAAAAUUCUGAAAGUCAAAGGGAAGCAAACAGUCCAAGUGGAAAUGAAAGUCAAAGCAGAGAAGCAAAUGCUUCAAUCGAAAAUGAACAUCAAGACAGAGCAUUGGCAAAUGACAUCACACAACUGCUAGAAGGCUCGGAGCCUCCCUCAUCACGUAAAUAUUGUUGUAUCUACAGGGUUCCACGUGAUCUUCGCAAAUUGAACGGAGAAGCCUACACUCCUCAGAUUAUAUCAAUAGGGCCUUUUCACCAUGGCCAUGAAAGAUUGGAAACCUUGGAAAAGCUUAAAGUGGAAUAUUUCAAGAGAUUUGUGAAAAAAGCUGAGCGAAACAUAAAGGAUUUAGUAAGCUAUAUAAGGGAUAGGGAAAGAGAUAUUCGUCGCUGUUAUUCAGAAACUAGCAAACUUAGUAGUGAUAAUUAUGUGAAAAUGAUCAUGUUGGAUGCGAGCUUCAUUAUUGUAUUUUUCUUGAUAUCCAAGCCACCAAGAGAAUGGGGGUGUUACCAAGAGUUUACAGUACUUCCAGAACGAUUGCGAGAUGACAUAUUGUUGCUUGAAAAUCAACUUCCUUUCUUUAUUAUUGAGGGAUUAUACAAUUUUGCAUUUACAUCUUGCUCAAACUAUCUUUCCUUCACCCAGCUUACCUUUGAAUACUUUGCAUAUUACAACAGUCAAAAAAUGUCUCAUGAUGAUCCCAAUUUCGAAACAAAGCACUUGCUUGAUUUGUUAAGGACGUUUUUUUUGCCUCAAUCACAAAGGUUGCCACAGAGAAAUUGUGGCGAAAAUGUUAGACAUUUGUACACUGUGAGCCAGUUGCACGAGGCAGGAGUGAAGUUUAAGGUGAGCUCAAGCAAAUGCUUAUUUGACUUAAAAUUCACAAAUGGAGUGUUGAAAAUACCAUCCUUUAAAAUAUACCGCGAUACAGAGUCUUAUGUUCGAAACCUCGUGGCCUUGGAGCAAUGUCACUAUUUUUCUAAUGCUUAUUUUACUGAUUAUAUGCGUGUAUUUGAUUUUCUUGUCGACACUGCUAAAGAUGUGGAUUUACUUGUGCGAAAGGGGAUCAUGGUUAAUUGGCUUGGUGACAGCAAUGCAGUGGCAACUUUGUGCAACAAUCUCUGCAAACAUAUUUUUAUUUUAGACAUGAACUCUGAUUAUAGUCAUCUUUGUAAAGAUUUGAAUACAUUCUACGAAGAUCGUCGGCAUAGAUGGAAGGUUAUCUUAAGACGUGAUUAUUUUAGCAAUCCUUGGAGAACUACUGCUACCAUAGCUGCUACUAUCUUGCUAGUGGUCACCUUCACGCAAACUGUUUGCUCUAUAAUCUCAUUAUCAUAG